UUCGUCUGGCCUCAAAGUGUUCACGAUGAUUUAAUUGGAUCUUUCGAUCGUCAGUCACUAAAGUUAAUAACUCGAUUACCAAGUACAUCCAGAAAUAUAAUUUACACAAAAUAAAUAUAAAAAAAAAAAUUCGUCAUUAUUAAUUGAACCAAAUUAACAAUAUUAGCAAUAAUAAUAAUUUUUAAUAAUUCAAUUUCAAUAACAAUAACAACAAAAACAACAAAAAAAAAAAAUUUAUUAAAUGAAAAAAUAAAAAUAAUUGUAUACGCAAUAGAAAAAUAAAGUUGUCAUGAUUUAUGACGAGGUGGUUUAAUGUAACUAUAGUGAUAAAUAUUAUUUGUUUUUUAUUUUUUUAUUUGAAUUAUUAUUUAUCUUGAUUCAGUGUAAUAUCGAUCGUUAGACAGUGUGAUGUAUCAUAAUAUUAACUCACUGUCAAUUUUAAUAAUCAUUUGGAUAUUACUGAUUUAUUAUUAAAAUAUUAUAUUUUUUAAUCAUGUUUGGCAAUGCUGAAUUUAAUGUCAAUUUUUUUAUAUACAAAGUUAAUAUCUACUUUAUUUAUUUCAACGUGUAAUAUACACGCAAGAGUGAACAUUAAUUAGCUUGGAUGAUCCAGAGAUUUUCUAGGAAAAAAAAUCAUAAGCUAAAAAAUCAUACAAAAAAAUAAAUAUUAUAUAAAAAAAAAAAAAAAGUGUUGGUUUUUUUUUUUCUGCUUGGAGAUAAAGGUGUAUUUACCUGUUUAUUUUUUUUUUUUUGUUGGAAGAGGAAUAGAGAAAAAAUAAUAUAAGUACAAUAUAAAAUGGAGCCAACAAUUGUAUUAAUGAAAAAUAUUGAAAAUACAACAUUGACACCAGAAUUACCAAUUGAUAUGAGAUUUAAUGAGGGUCAUGUUGUUUCCAUCGUAACAUACAGUAUCUUGAUGAUAAUAUCAAUAACUGGAAAUACAACUGUACUAUAUUUAAUUCUUCAACGUAGACGUAGAAAUAGAUCUAGAAUAAAUACAAUGCUGAUGCAUCUUGCUGUUGCUGAUUUACUGGUUGCAUUAUUGAUGAUGCCAAUGGAAAUAACAUGGGCAGCAACAGUAUCAUGGCCUUUUGGUGAUGCAAUGUGUCGAAUAAUGGCAUUUUUUCGUGUAUUUGGAAUAUAUUUAUCAUCAUUUGUUCUUGUCUGUAUCAGUGUUGAUAGAUACUAUGCUGUUUUAAAACCCCUGCAAUUAAUGGACGUCGAUAGAAGAGGAAAAAUGAUGCUACUUUUUGCUUGGAUUGGCUCAACACUUUGCUCUGCACCUCAAAUGGUUGUUUUUCAUGUUGAAGUACAUCCAAAUUAUACAUGGUAUGAACAAUGUAUAACUUACAAUGCAUUUGCAAGUGAUGGACAUGAAUUGAUGUAUUCAAUAUUUGGUAUGGUCAUGAUGUAUUUUUUUCCAUUGAUUAUUAUUAUUUAUACAUAUUCAAGUAUAUUGCUUGAAAUAUAUCGUAAAUCAAGAGAAACACUUGGUCCUGAUAGAAUUCGUAGAUCAUCAUUGGGAUUUUUAGGACGUGCUAAAAUUAGAACAUUAAAAAUGACAAUUAUUAUUGUUUUUGUAUUUUUUGUUUGUUGGGCACCUUAUUAUAUCAUGAGUGUUUGGUACUGGAUCGAUAGAGAAAGUGCUAAAAAAGUUGACCAAAGAAUACAAAAAGGAUUAUUUUUAUUUGCCUGUACAAAUUCAUGUAUGAAUCCAAUUGUUUAUGGACUUUUUAAUAUUCGAAAAACAACACAAGGUUCAACACAAAAUACUGGAACUGCUGGUAAAAAAACAUCAAUUGAAAAUGUCGUUGUGUUUAAUUCACGUCGUCGUGAUGAUAAAAAUUUACAAAAAAAUGAGACAAUACAAAAUCAAGAAUAUAAUUUACGUCGUAAUGAUGUCAACAAUGAUAUUGUAAAUCAUAAUUUACAUAUCUACAAUAAACGAAACAUUUAAUUUUUUUCCAAAGUCUUGAAAGAUGAUAUUUCAGCUGGCAAUGGAAACAUGAUAUGAGGAUCUACAAACAAUUAAAAAAUAAAUAUAAUCAAAAUUUAAUUCAACAAUUUAUCAAAUCAUCAGUAUUAUCAAAAAAAAAAAUUUAUUUUUUUCACCUAAUAUCAUCAUGAGUGUGUCAC